AUGAAUAGUCUUUCUACUGCAGGAGAGACACCUGGCCCUGAUGCCGGCGGCGGUGGGAGCACAGGGGGCCACUCCCCUGCACCACGCAAGCUGACAGGAAGGAUGCGCAUCCCCUGCGUGCCCUCCAAGCCAGCGGCCCCUCGCCCCAAGAUCAAACCGCAGACGACGCAGGACCUCCAGGACAGACUGGCGCGCUGCGAGUCUCUACUUCGCCAAUUCGUUGACGACCCCGCCCAGACGGCCUCGGCGACUGAAUCGGGCGGGUCGGGCAGGGAGUACAACACCACAACAUCCAGCCAGAGCAGCGCUGGACGCAUCGUUCGCGAUGCGGAUGAUGAGGGGAUCGGACGAUUUGUCGAUGCCGAUAUCUGGGUGGCGCUGAACGACGAGAUCCAAAACAUGAAGGAUAUGAUCGACCAGGAUGAUCCAGAAGGCAUCUUCCCCCAGGAAGAGCAACCGCCAAACUCGGCCGGCAUGUCGGGCGUUCCGUCUCCCACGCCAAGCGAACGACCCGAGCUGGACCCCGUGCAGACGUUCAAGUUGUGGCAGAUCUUCCUCGACCGCGUCAACCCCCUCAUCAAGAUCAUCCACGCGCCUACCAUGCAGCCCAUCAUGAUGGCAGCCUCUGCGGACAUUACCAGCGUAUCGCUAGAUCAGCAGGCCUUGCUGUACAGUAUGUUUGGACUGGCGGUGAUGGCGUUGAAAAAGGACGAGAUGGUGGGUAUCGUCGGCGACGACCAGACAAAGGAGCAGGUGCUGCAGGGAUUCUUGCGCGGCGUGAGCAUGACCCUCGUCAAGUUUGACUUUCUGAGACGAUACAACAUGGUCGUUCUGCAAGCCCUCGUGCACACGCUCAUUAUACUCAUGGGCCAAUGCAACAAACAUGGCUCGUGGGUGCUCUGUGGUUCACUCAUCAGGAUCGCCGUCAGCAUGGGCUACCAUCGCGACGGCACGCAGCUCGGGCUUGCGCCCUUUGAGACGGAGAUGCGGCGGCGCAUCUGGUGGCAGAUCCUCACGUAUGACACCAAGCUCAGUCUCGACUGCGGUUUCAGGCAUAACUGCCUGCCCACGGAUUUUGACACGAAACAACCACUCAAUCUGAACGAUGCCGACUUGUUUCCCGAGGCUACGCAUGACCUGGUGCACCGUGAAGGACCGACGGAAACGGCCUUUGUCUUGGUCGUGCAUCGCGUCGCGGCGUAUCUGCUAGACGAAGAGUCGAGGCAAGUUGUGGAGGCCAGCACUCUCGGUCACGGUGGAUUCGAUGGUCCAGAGAUCAACGCAGCCAGCAUGGAGCGCAAUCGCAUCCUCGUGCAGGGUCUCGAGAUGGAUCUAAUCGACAUCGAGAAGCGAUUCCUGAACCCUGUGGUGAGCAAUGCCCACGCCGCUGCUCUUGGUAUACGCCCGCACCUCAUCGCGCGGCUGUACGACAUGAUGCGUCCAAUGCAGGAGUCGCCUGACUGGGGCAUUGACAUCUUCUCCCCGCGGGACAACCUGUUCAAACUGAUCCUCACGAUUUGUGAGAAUGCUAACGACGCGUUCGAUCCCAUGGAUCGAUGGGGCUUUGCCUGGUUCGCCCGGCUACACUUCAAUUUCGAGUAUCUGACCUUGCUGUCGACGUUCCUCUACCAGCGUCCAACGGGUAGCAUGGCAGACCGUGGAUGGGCCGUUCUCGAGUCCAUGUAUGCACGACACUCGCUUCUUUACAAUUUAAAGCUCAAGGCGCCCGCCACACAGGCACAAUUCGCACUCAAGGCCUACGCGCAGCGUGAGCGCGCCCUUGGGACGACGGAGCAGAUGGUCGAGACACCAGAGUUCAUCAUGAGGCUGCGGAACAUGAUCGGAUCGCCUAUUGUGACACCACCUCUAGCUAGCAUAACCACGCAGUGGUCACAUCUCGAUAUGCUGAGCGUCAGUGGAGGAUCAAGUGCGCCGGCAGGCCAAGGUCUGCAGGGAAGUGAUAUGUUUCUGCCCUUUGGCGUUGGCUCCGGGGAGAAUAUGGCGGACGAAGGCGAUUUUUGGCAAGGGAAAUUGUCGGAUGCAGAUUGGAGUCGAGAGAUUGGCGCGGCGCAGGGGGGUUCUGUGAACCACCAGCAGCAGCAGUCUUUGCGACCAGUAUCUCGGCACCCACAAAGCAGGACGCACUCAAGCUUUAUGCGGUACGGAGGGGGUGCCUUCCAGGAACGGCAAAACUGA